CUCCAGCAUCUGCAGUUCCCAUUAUCUCAGAGCACAUCAGCAGCCCAAGAGGGCGGUACAAGCAGUCAGCAGUGGGAGCGGGGCCCGAGCACUUUAGGAAAGCAGACCAUUCAAGUUCAUAACGUGAAAUAUUUGUCGCUUAACAUUUUACGCAGUCCAGACCCGCCCACUAAGUCGCAAGCAGUGACCAGCUGAAUAGAAGCGCGUGAAGCCUGGGUUUGCCAAAUUUUCAGAAUUAUUCGGUGGUAGUUUUCAGGAGCUGCUUCCGGCGGCGCCGCCGCCAUAUUCCUGGGGCUGCUCUUUGACGGAUUGAUUUGAUGCCUGUGAGGCUGUUCGUGUGGCCGGGCAACACCGCUUCACGGUUUAAAAGGACACAAAUAAACCGCUGGGACGAAACAAGAAAAAAAUGAUCCAUAGCCUGUUUCUCAUCAACAACACUGGCGAUAUCUUUCUGGAGAAACAUUGGAAGAGUGUGGUGAGCCGGUCAGUCUGUGAUUAUUUCUUCGAGGCCCUGGAGAAAGCCGCGGAGGCGGAAAAUGUGCCUCCGGUGAUCCCCACACCCCAUCACUACUUGGUCAGCACGUACAGAGACAAGAUCUUCUUCGUUGCUGUCAUUCAGUCCGAAGUGCCACCUCUCUUUGUCAUUGAGUUUCUCCAUCGAGUGGCAGAAACUUUGCAGGACUAUUUUGGAGAAUGCUCUGAGGCUUCAAUUAAGGAUAACGUUGUUAUCGUGUAUGAACUUCUGGAAGAAAUGUUGGAUAAUGGUUUUCCAUUGGCUACUGAAUCCAAUAUCUUAAAAGAACUAAUUAAACCUCCUACAAUUCUUCGCUCUGUUGUUAAUACUAUUACAGGUAGCAGUAACGUAGGAGAUCAACUUCCAACAGGCCAACUGUCAAAUAUCCCAUGGCGAAGAGCAGGAGUCAAAUAUACAAAUAAUGAAGCUUAUUUUGACGUUACAGAGGAAAUUGAUGCCAUCAUUGACAAAUCAGGAUCAACGGUCUUUGCUGAAAUUCAGGGUGUUAUCGAUGCUUGCAUCAAGCUAACUGGAAUGCCAGACCUCACCCUUUCCUUUAUGAACCCAAGACUACUAGAUGAUGUCAGCUUCCAUCCAUGUGUUCGCUUUAAAAGAUGGGAAUCUGAGCGAGUUCUGUCAUUCAUUCCUCCAGAUGGAAAUUUCCGUUUGAUGUCUUACCAUGUCAGCUCACAAAACUUGGUGGCAAUACCAGUUUAUGUAAAACACAACAUCAGCUUCAGAGAAAAUGGAUCUACAGGGCGAUUUGAUGUAACGAUUGGGCCAAAACAGACCAUGGGAAAGACACUGGAGAGUGUUCUAAUGAUUAUUCAUAUGCCUAAAGGAGUGCUUAAUAUGACCCUGACUGCAGCACAGGGCACUUACACAUUUGAUCCAGUUACCAAGGUGUUAACUUGGGAUAUUGGAAAAAUUACCUUGCCCAAGUUACCAACUCUAAAGGGAUUGGUUAACCUACAAACUGGGGCACCCAAACCAGAAGAGAAUCCAACAAUUAAUGUUCAGUUUCGAAUCCAACAACUUGCUGUAUCAGGUUUGAAAGUGAAUCGACUGGACAUGUAUGGGGAAAGAUACAAACCGUUCAAAGGUGUGAAAUAUAUCACCAAAGCAGGAAAAUUUCAAGUCCGGACAUAAGGGCAAGAAAAUAAAGUCUGAAACUUGGUAAUUUCUUGUCAUUUGGAAUUCAACUAAACAGAACUUCAAUUCUUUUGAAAAUGUAACAUUUCUGAAACUGCUUUUAUUGAAGUAAAAGAGAAAUAUUUCAUGUUUUCCAUGGGUUAAUUGCCUUAACUACUGACUUAAUAUGAAAAUUGGCUUAAGUAAUUGAAUUGUUUUUCAUAAUCCAGGAUAUUUUAAUAAACAAUUGUUUAUGUACAGCAUAAAUUAUAAAUUAGCAUCAUUGUGCCUAGACAACAAUUUGUAUAUAUUACUACUUCAAAUGAUUGACAUGGUCCUGUGUACACAUAUUUGAAAGUGUUUAGAAUGGAGCAGGUUAGUGUGCCAACAUAGCUCAAUAGAAUUACGUACAUCAUUCAGUGUUAUCCACUGGUGCCUGACAAGUACUAAAUUGCAACAUUUGGAAGUAGAUUACUUUAAAGGUAGCCAAAAGCAUUGAAUGUUCACUGUAAUAGGUUUAAUAAAUAUUUUGUCACAUUUUGUACAUCUGAUGAUUGAGACAGCUCACUUUUAUAUUUCAGUUUGGCUGUCACUGUCUUUUGACAGAGGGAAAAAAACCUUUCAUAGUAAGCCAUCAGGCUAAAGUUUUUUUAAAAACCGAAGUUGCUGGAAAAGAUCAGCAGAUAUGGCAGCAUCUGUGAAAGAAAAAGAGUUAACAUUUUGGGACCUGAACCUUGAACACUCUUUCUUCACAGAUGCUGCCAGACCUGCUGAGCUUUUGCAGCAGUUUUGUUUCUGUUCCUGAUUUACAGCAUUUUAGCUGAAAGAACUGCAGCUAAGUACUGGCUGAUGAAUUCUAUACAUUAUCAAAAAUGACAAAGGAGAGAGUACUCAGUGGACUGACAAAUGUAAAUCCAACUUUGAGUGAACAAAAUGACAGUAUUGCUGUUGUAAUGAGAAGUUGACCGGUAUCCUGAGCUUUGCUAGCUUUAGGUUAGAGGGAAUAAGAUUUUUUUGAACUUCAUCUGAACUGCAUAAUUUGGUGAAACCGCAUUGUAGAAUAGCAUUUAACUAGUUAACUUUUACUGGCUAAACAUCUUUAUUUCAAAUUUCAACAACCAAAACAGUUGUUAAAGCUGAAUUUUGAUAUUUUUUCAGCUUUACCUUCAAGCUUCAAGUAGUGCAUAACUUCAAAAGAGGUUCCUUUAAGACUUGUUUCUGUGGGAUAUAAACUCACCAUCUUACUCAAUUGUGACAGACAAAAUGUUAGAAAAAUACUUCAAUUACAAUUGCAGCUAGUGACAAAUUUAAUUCUUAAAUCAUCAAUCCUGGAUAUAGCCCAUAAACAUACUCUUCUUGAUUAUUCUUAGUACAUUCCACAAAAAUCAGGCAGAAUAUUACCAAAAUUUAAUAUUCAAGUUUCACAUUUACAUUUCAAAUACUGGCAAAAGGAUUCCAAAUUUGAUUGUGGUCUGGUGGUUUGGAGCAAAGUUCUCGUAAAUUUGUUUCAUUUCAGUAAUUGAUACAAAAAAGUGAGCUACGCAAUAUCCAACUUUUCACUUACUAGAUCACUCAAAAUUGAGAAAGUUGCCACUGUAAACUGAUGUUAAAUCCACCAGGAAAACCAAGCGAGUUGUCAUUUCAAAGAAAACUUGUCCACCCAUGCUGAAGUUUUUGAUACAUGAUUUAUUACAUGGUACAAUACACUAGACCAUAUUACAAAUUAGAGUUUGAUCUCAAUUCCACUGCCCUCCAUUAAACUGAAGCUGGCAGUCCAAACAUAAUCCUAAUUUCAAAACUAAUGUUUAGAAAUCCAGUAUCCAAAUGUAAAAUUACAAUGUAUUUAGGCCUUAUAGUAAAAUAGCGAAUCUACAAACAUGGCUUAAAAAUCACAAUGCUUUGAUAACUUGAGUGACUUAAAAGAAUAAAUAUUCUUUCACAAAAAUUUGAUGAAUUAACAGCCAUUAAAGUAUGUUCUGGAACUGAAGUGUAAUUGUUUCCCUAUUUGUAAUAAUACUAUCUUCAUUUAGAAAAGAUUUAUCAAAGAUUAAAGUCUCAUGCUUGAUUACAGCACAUUUAAUUUAUACUUAUGUUUUUUCAACUUGAAGAAUAGGGAUGUGGUCAUUUAAUUUUCACAGCUGCCAAGUGUGCAAGUGGUGGACGGACUAACAAUAGUUCCAAGAUUUCUUUUGACUUAUCAAUUUGAACUGCUGCCUAAAGCAACAGUUCAAAAGGAUAGCCUUGCCAGUGACACACUUCCACCCAAAAAAAUUAAAAACUUAACAUUAGAGUAUUGACGUUAGUAGCUACUACCAAUAAAAUAAACUUAUUUGCGGCAACAACAGUUUCUAAACUGUUAGAAAAGUAAUCACCAGCAUUUUGUACACCAAUGCUCUCCAUGUACAAGUAAUACACCAUUUAUAACUUCAUUGCAAUCAUGAUGCCUAUCAAAGUCAAUUAGGCAGAGAUAAAUAAGCAUCAGUCCCUUAAGAAAUGCAGCCAUAACAGUUUCAUUUUUCAUCCCUUUUAUUUUCAAUCCUUUUCAUUUUCGAAUUUGAUUUGAAAAUGUGCUGGCAAAAAACACCACACCUUGCAUGUGCGUGAAAUUUUAAUUAUAGAUGUAACUGCCAGUUUUAAUAUAAAUGCAGGCAAAUGUCACAAUAACAACUUAAUUAUCUUCCAUGUUUUCUACAUCUUUAACUCCAUCUUAAAUUUGCAACAUUUUUGAAACUAGUCUACAUAGGACAUUUUGGAAAAUGCAGUUCAAAUAAUAUUUUUUGACAGCAAUUACUGAAAGUCAUUUAAAAUGGGGGUAUGAGUUAUUUUGAAGGUUUGUAACUAGUUGUAUAUUCUAAUACUUCAACUUGUGACAUAGAAAUAAUGCACAUUUUCAACAAUUGUACUCAAAUCUGGUCAUUGGAAACACUUGUUCUUUCAGAUCCCUGUGCAAAGUAUCCACAAUGCAAAAUUGAGCAACAUUGUUAAGCAAUUGUAUACGUUUCAGAUUAAAAUACACACAUUCCAACAAAUACAUCAUUUCAAUAAAAUGGCUGUGUUCAAAAUAUUAUGAACUAUCAAGUUCCCUGACAAUAAUUAACAUGCAUUCAUUUAUUUUCACAAAUGAACCAUCCCAAAUUGAAAUUGUAAUUCAUAAAAUCACUCUAUCCACUUAACAUGCAUCCAAUUAUCCCUUCAUUAAAAAAAUCUCAUCAAUUGACUAACAGAUUUUAAACUGUUAAUCAUUGCUUCAUUUUUGAUUCAGUCCAGACUUUGAAAUUACAUUAAAUGUAGGUUUAAACAAUACAAUGGAGUUAGUUAAAAACUAAAUUCCUUCAGUACUUGAUCCUAAAACCUAAAUAUAUUCCAAACAGCACCAUGCUUAUUCUUAACCUGUGCACUGUACCAGAAUUUCAAAUUCAUUAUAUAUUCAUACUGGAUAAUCAUAUGUGCACUUGUCAAUUACUCGUGUUCAGGAUCAAUCAGACCAAAUACUGAUGACAUAAUAGACUAUGUUCCAUGAUUGAUAGUGCACUUCUCAAACUAUGCCAAUCAAAGUAAUUUAACAUCUUAGUGUCUUUGGCUUAACAACUGAAUCAAUCAUCAGGGAUCUAACAAACAGCAAAUAAACAAACUUAAUAAUCAACUGAGCAUGUAUUCUGCCAUUGCACAGCUUGGCCACAGACAGUAUAUUUGUGCAAGUGUCAUUGUGUUCAAUACUAUAUUCAGGGUCAAGAUAGAGCAGACACAUGGCUCCCAGAUCAUUAGUGUACACAAGUUGUACUCCAAACUGUCAUACCCCAUUGGAAGAAAAAAAAGCCUUGAGUUAAUAUUAAGCUGGUUAUACAUGAAAGCUACACAUUUUGUCUAUUGACUACAGCAGUUCUUCAUAUUUGUAAAUAGCAGGUCAUGAACAAGCAAGAGCUUCAAUGUUUCUUGUCUACGUCAGAUUAAUUGUAUGGUUCAUUCUGUUUAAUAGGGAUAAAUGAGGAAUAGGUGUUGAAGCAACAUACAGUUCUUAAUAUGAAAUUUUAGAAAACCAAGUGUAAAACAAAGCUAAUCAUUUCAUAUUUCAAAUUAAUAUUGUAUACACAAAAUGAAUAUACUGUUAACUUUCAGAGGUUUUGUUACUUGUGAAAGCUGUAGAUUAGAAUUGUUAACGCUACAUUUCCAUUUUGAUUCCUUUUAUACUCCAAUUAGAUGUAGAGUACAUUGUUCAUCCGUAGAAAAUUUUCUCAAUGCAGCAAGAUGGCAAAGACUAGGAAAUUGUCUUCGUUUUACUGGUACCAUGGAGUUUUCCGAACCCAACGAAGGGUGAAUCCUGCAUCUGUUCUGAUCUUAAUUGAAGCUGCCUCUGCUUCUCGUACAGUUUCCUUAACUGACUGCAUCAGGUUCUGAGCAUUGUGAACCAACAUUUCUGUAGCCUGAGUUUAAAAAAAAGUCAAACAUGCAAAUGUGUCUCAAACAAUGUUGACAGUUCAGUUUCUGAAAAUUACAGACCAAAAUUCUACUGUAAAUAUGCUUGCUCUGGACUCUUAAAAGAAAUACAUUAUCUAAUUGGUUCAAUACCUAUAA